AUGUCGACUGCUGCACCAGUUACGCCUGUGAAGGCUGAGGCGGGCAAGGCGACGCCGCCGAUUAGUACUACGCGUUUGAAGCAGAUUGCUACUGAUGCCUGCACCUCCGCCCUCGAAGGCGCAGAAUUCUACGAGCACGCAAAGACCGCACAGUGGAACAGCGCGAUCAUCAACGCAAUCCUCAAAUCCCUAAUCUCCGAAUCCACCACCCCCCCGCCACCCAACCCGCCUUCAAAUUCGCCGUCAACAGCACCAUUAUCCAGCACCUCGUGCCCACCACCGCCCUCGGGAAAUCCAGGAGCGUCAAGAUGGGAGAGGGAGACACGAAGGAGGGAGAAGCGACGGCGGAGCAGGCAGGGAGGAGAGGCAUGA